AUGACGCGCACCUCGACGCGCGAGGCGGCCAAGCGCUCGGCGCAGAAGACGAACGCCAUGCUGGAGGGGGGAACGCCGCCCAAGACGCCGAAGCGAGACGAGUCGCGCACGCCUAGGAAAUCUCUUACUCGAUCGGCUCAAAAACAACAACAGGCGCCAGCGGAAAAAACCCCGAAAAAGCCGGCAGCUCGACGCCUCGAUUUUGGUGAUGCCGACUCGCCGCAGGAGGAUGAGCGAUCAGCUCGACUCUCUGCUAGAAAACAACCUGCAUCGUCCACAGCACGACCCGUUGGGAGGCCAAGGAAAGAAACUGGAACCCCGGCCCGGAAGCGCCUCGAAUUUGACGAUGAAAAUCUGGAGCAAUCUGACGACGACGAUGACGAGAACUUUGACCCGCAGUUAAAAGCAACGACGUCGAAACCAAGAGGUCGUCCACGGAAGGCGAUGAAUACAGUGGGAGCUCAUGACGGCCAGGCAACGCCCAGCAAGAUCCUCGCCGACCAGAUCAACCGCAUUAGCCUCGGGAACAUCGACAAGUCUCCAGAGCUUGAUGAUCAAUUUCUCGACGAGUUCGAUCAGAUUCAGUUGAGUCGCGCGGAUCGGUAUUUCCAGAGGGGGCGCGGAACCGGUGCCCGUGGUCGUGGUCGACGAGGACGGGGCGGGAAAACGAAUCGACGGGAGGGCGGUCGGAUUGCUAAAACUUCUGAUGCCAUGGAAGAAGACGCCGAGCCGCUGGACGAUCUGGCCUCCCUCGAGGUCCUCGACCUGGCCGCCAUCAAGGAUUAUAUGGCGAGCUUCUCCUACGAGAAUCCACCACUCCCGAAAAGCCGUCUGGAGAAGAAUCGAAAGGACGCCGAGGCGCUCUUCACCCAGUGGCAGCUGUAUUCGAACUUUGGCUUCAAUUUCUUGGUCCAUGGUGUCGGGUCGAAAAAGUGUCUGCUGGAAGAGUUCCAGGAACGCUUUCUGCAGGGCGAGGAUACUUUUAUGAUUGACGGCUACCUGCCCACAGUGACGAUGAAGGGGAUUCUGGGCGCGAUCAACGAGUCGUUAAAGCUGAAGAUUGCGCCAAAACGCAAGAUGAACACCUCGGAUUGGGCGAGGUCCGUCGGGAGGGUCAUCCGAAAAAGGAAGGAGCACGUCUAUCUGCUGCUCAACAGUUUGGAUGGGCCGCAUAUUCGAAAUGAUAUCGCGAUCCUGGCGAAUCUCGUCUCGGCCGCCCCAGAACAUCUACACCUCAUCGCCACCGUCGAUCAUCUCAAUUCGAUGCUUCUUUUUGAUACGUGUACCCUCGGGGCAUUCCGAUUCCUCUUCUGCGCUCACUCGAAUAUGCGAUUGCCUGCUGAAGAGAUUCUCGCGUCCGAGAUUCGCAUAUUAGGAAUGAGCGCGAAGAACGCGAAAAUCCAGCACACCGUCGCCUCGCUCGACGUCAUCUGGACGUCAUGCCCGGAGAAUUCUCGCAAGAUAUUCCGGCUCUUCUUCGCGCUCUACUUUGCCCAAAACGCGUCCGUCUCUUUCUGGGAUCUCUUUGAUCAAGCACGCGAUCGUUUCUACGUGUCGACCGACGUGGCCCUACGACAGCAGAUUGUCGAAUUUGAGGACCACAAUAUUGUGCGCAUUCGCAGAUCGGAGGAUGGUAAUGAGAAACUGACGGCCGCCGUCGAUCGCGAGCUAAUCGAACGCUUCUUACAAGAGAAGGGCCUCACACUGAAUGCUGACGAUGAUGACGACGAU